CCUCCUCUCCCACGCCAAGAACGUUUUUCUCAUCCUGAUCACAAUGGUGCAGCGCACUACCACCGCCGAAGUCAUGUGCAUGGACCUGUCGCCCAAGAAGCCUGCCAAGGCCUAUGGCAGCGAUGGUGGCUCGUACUACGACUGGUCGCCGGCCGACCUGCCGAUGCUCGGCGCGGCCUCCAUUGGCGCCGCAAAGCUGCACCUCUCCGCCGGCGGGCUCGCCCUUCCCAGCUACUCCGACUCUGCCAAGGUCGCCUACGUGCUCCAGGGCGCCGGCGCCUGCGGCCUCGUGCUCCCUGAGGCGGCCAAGGAGAAGGUGAUCCCCGUCAAGGAGGGCGACGCGCUCGCGCUGCCCUUCGGCGCCGUCACCUGGUGGCACAACACCGAGGGAUCCACUGCCGAGCUCGUGGUGCUCUUCCUCGGCGACACCUCCAAGGGCCACACCCCAGGCCGCUUCACCAACUUCCAGCUCACCGGCGCCAGCGGCAUCUUCACGGGCUUCUCCACUGAGUUCGUCGCGCGCGCCUGGGACCUUGACCAGAACGCUGCUGCUAAGAUCGUCUCCACCCAGCCUGGCUCCGGCGUCGUGAAGAUUGCCGCAGGGCACCGGAUGCCGGAGCCUCGCGCCGAGGACCGGGAGGGCGUGGUGCUCAACUGUUUAGAGGCGCCGCUGGACGUGGACAUCCCGGGCGGCGGCUGUGUCGUGGUGCUCAACACGGCCAACCUGCCACUGGUGAAGGAGGUUGGGCUGGGCGCCGACCUGGUGAGGAUCGGCGGCCGCUCCAUGUGCUCGCCGGGCUUCUCCUGCGACUCGGCAUACCAGGUCACGUACAUCGUGCGCGGCGGCGGGCGCGUCCAGGCCGUGGGCAUCGAUGGCACCCGCGUGCUCGAGACCCGUGCCGAAGCCGGGUGCCUCUUCAUCGUGCCCAGAUUCUUUGUCGUCUCCAAGAUCGCCGACGACACCGGCAUGGAGUGGUUCUCCAUCAUCACCACUCCCAACCCGAUAUUUAGCCACUUGGCGGGGAGGACAUCAGUGUGGAAGGCAAUUUCGCCGGCAGUACUAGAGUCAGCCUUCAACACCAGUCCAGAGAUGGAAAAGUUGUUCCGCUCCAAGAGGCUCGACUCUGAGAUCUUCUUCGCCCCAAGCUAGAACAUCCGCCCAUCUGUCUUCGGCUCGCUAGCAGCUUUGAUCUUGUUUCUAGAUCGUCGAUCAAGAGGGUACUAAAAUAGAAUUGCGUCCUGCACUUAUUUAAUUAGCAAAUGUAAUAAGCAUUAGAUGGAUUGUUCCAUUAUUGUUCAUCAGACUAUUUCUUGAAUCAUUAUUGUUCAGUGGAGGUUCUCCUAUCA